UUUUCUCUCACUCGAGUAUGGGAGCGCUGCCCUGAAUCUUUCGUCUGCGUUUUGGUAACACUAGCAACACAUGUAAGAAUCACGAAUGCUCUCGAGUGUUAGGACGUCAACCGGUCCAUUCUUCAUUUUGGCUAUUUUACCAAAUUAAUGAUGCAAAUGAUUAUCUAUCCCUUGCGAGGGAUCUAGUCCAGGGGAUCUAGUCCAGAGAACUAGUCCAGGAGUUCUGAAGACUAGGUAAAUUAAUCAAGUCCAGGAGACUAGGCCUGGGAGAAAUUUGGCAUGAUGUAAUGAGUAAUAAAGAAACACGCUGAGUACCAGGAAUUUUCUUCAAUACCCCUAAAAUGGAAUUCAGCACUUCAACUACCUCCCAGUGGGAAGACCUCACCUGGCCUCAUCAGUAGUAAGACCCAUACUCACAAGGAAUAUCAUGGAAUAGCAGGUAGGACAGGCCUACCCUAUUUUCCAGGCAGCGUAAACGAUAGUCUUCAUACCCACCGUGUCAACUAUGACAGUACCAUUCUCCGACCUGUGUCUCCAGGCAAGAAGACUGACAACAGUGCAUAUGUACAAUAGUAUUAUUCUUCUCGUAUCUUAAUGUCGUGGCGGGGAAAAACCGCCCGUGACAUUUGGUGGCAGCUGUGUUGGAUCUGUAGCCCAGUGCUAUUGAUCCAGACCCACUGUGCCUAUAUAUAUUAUGUAGGUCACUUAUAAUGUUUUGUCGUAUUGUAUGCAUUUCAUUAUACAAUAUUGUUGAUUUUUGUCUGAUUAAGGUCAUGACUUAUUUACAUGCAUAUUCAUUAUUUCUGUAGGGAGAUGUAUGGCAUUGCCUCUUGAUGUAGUUUACAUUGUAUUAUUUGAUUAUAUAUGUAAGUGUUUGAAAUAUUGUAGCAAUGGCGACUGGCACUGAUGAAUCAUAUAUAGAUCUAAUUCAGUUAGAACAAGAAACACAACAAACAUUACAGACAGUUAAGAGCUUCACUCAAUCCUACCAGGACGUUUGGUCUCAAGUGGGAGAUUUAUCAAGUCAAAUCAAGAACUUGGACCUGAAGUUGGUUGACAUGCAGGGGACAAUACAACACUUAACCUCCAUCCAUAACACUCAACCAUCCAUAAUGUCUACACCACAAACGUCUCACAUUCCAGGGAUCUAGUCCAGGGGAUCUAGUCCAGAGAACUAGUCCAGGAGUUCUGAAGACUAGGUAAAUUAAUCAAGACUAGGUAAAUUAAUCAAGUCCAGGAGACUAGGCCUGGGAGAAAUUUGGCAUGAUGUAAUGAGUAAUAAAGAAACACGCUGAGUACCAGGAAUUUUCUUCAAUACCCCUAAAAUGGAAUUCAGCACUUCAACUACCUCCCAGUGGGAAGACCUCACCUGGCCUCAUCAGUAGUAAGACCCAUACUCACAAGGAAUAUCAUGGAAUAGCAGGUAGGACAGGCCUACCCUAUUUUCCAGGCAGCGUAAACGAUAGUCUUCAUACCCACCGUGUCAACUAUGACUACCAUUCUCCGACCUGUGUCUCCAGGCAAGAAGACUGACAACAGUGCAUAUGUACAAUAGUAUUAUUCUUGUCGUAUCUUAAUGUCGUGGCAGGGAAAAACCGCCCGUGACACUCCGUUGCCUGGCAGUACUUCCUUCGGCUUCUUCCGUUCAGUCUGCAUCGAAAAGGCAGGAAGGCGCCAUCUCACUGUUCCGCCUGUCACUUCAGUGGUAGUUCAGACUGGCUUCACAGCUCCAAGUUAGUUAUUGGCUGGUCGCAUUUCUACGAGAAAACGGCAGCGUAGCGAUCAGGAUUUGUAUUGAUGGCGGUAACAGGCAUCCAGCUGCCCAUGAAGACCAAACAGAAAUGAAGGCUAAGUUAUACAACCUUUGCCUUUUUGUAUCUUUAUUAGUUAACAAAGCUUUUGCUUUUGUGCCUUAAUGUGGAAACCUUGAAUGCCUCCAGGAAUCGGAGGAACCGUGAAGGUGUUUGGAAUGCCGACUGAUAACUGGCCAGUUCCGACAAUAGACGUGGUAAUACGGUAUAAUCUCUCUCAAAGAAUAUCCCCGGUAAGAAAACGCAUGUUUUAGUUUUCUCAGAUAUGUCAGGCUGAUGAUAAAUGGAUUGUAAUUUUUCUAAACCCCUCACAUCACACCUGCAUAGCUUUACACAUGCCAUUGAUACUUAUUUUGUUUUAGUUGUAAUAUAUGUCUGUUAAGCAGAAAAAGAAACCAAAAAUGUCUCAACAACUUUAUAAAUUUCUCUCAAUCUCUUAAAUAUAUAUAGUGUGGAGAGUGAUCUCAAGAUCUUUACCUAUGUAGUCUUUACAUAGGAGAGUUGCUGAGGAUUUAAAUCUACAUGUGAAAAUUAUCAUUCAAGAUCAGAUUGUUAAUCAUUUUCAUUGAUAAUGAGAUGCAUUGUUUUAUGGCAUUUGUGUUACGUAAGGAUACCAUCAGUAUAUUGUAAACUUAUAAUGCCUCUUCGCAUCAACACAAUACUUGACAUCGUCGAUGCACAAUCAAUGGCCUAAUUGUGGCCAGUAGUCUUAUCGUGAUUCGGAACAUUGUUUUGACAAAGACAACAAAUUCUCCCCUUUUGAAAAGAGUUGGUAAUUGUGUUCCUUAGUUCAGAACACAAAUCGUUAACAUUUCAAUAGUACCACCAACAAUAAGAAAUCAUUAGUCGUAAGUCUUUAGAACAAUAAUGUUUAUCCUUAUUGUCACUUGCGUUAAUGAUAAAAGAAAAUUAGAGAGGAAUUAUUAAAGGCUUUUCAUCCUUUUCUAUGAAGGAAUGUGGUUAUGUCCGUUGCUUUUUACAGUUACAAGAUUUCCUUAUUUGCAUAAUAAUUAAUGGUUAUUAUGAUUGAAAGUAAGUUGCUAUUUUAUGUACAUGGCCUGAGAAUGUCAGUUAUCUCUAUUCUGAAAAAAGUGAAGCUUUUGAAUAGAUCGCUGCUGUUUAUUUCAAAAUUUAUUUAGUAAGCACAGGAAGGACACCUUCAAAGGUAAAUAGAAACCGUGCCAGUAAAUUUACUUUGAGAACAUUAACGCUUAAAAACGGUUCUGUGAAUACUCAGAGAAGUAAGUAUCUUUGUAAUUUGAACAUGAAAUGCAUUAACUUUGUUCCUUACAUGUCCCCGGGGAAUGAUUUACCUUAGUAAAUCAAGAAGUUGUAAUGAUUACAGUGUAGUACUCUCAUUUUUUAAACUUGUCAUUGUUGUCUGCAGUGCACUGUAGUGUAUAAAUAUUUAAAUCAGAAAAACAGAAAAUGGCAGUCUUUAAAACUUGUCGACUGCACAGAAAUUUCUAUAUUUAAAAACGUCUUGACAAUGCGUGUAUUAUCAGAUCGAAGAGGAAUGCAACAUGGAUUUUACUAUAAUGGCGUGAGGCAGUUUGGUUUCAUCACAAACUUCACUAGCCCUGUUAGGCUAAAUGAGUGGACUCAUUACUGUCACAUUUUUGAGGAAGGAUUUUAUAAAGGAUAUGUCAAUGGAGAGAAGAAAGCAACUGGCAAAGUUGUUAGCGAUAAAACCAUUGCUUUUAAUGGAAUUAUUACUUAUGGACGAGAGCAAGAUAUACCUGCUGGUGGAUAUGCAGUUGACCAGUGUUUCAGAGGGUACUUUUCUCAGUUUAACAUCUGGAAGAAGGUAAUUACUGAAGGCGAGAUCUCAAAGCAGGCUGCUUGCCAGCAACUUAUCCUAGGGGAUGUAUUUUCUCUUGAUCGAGAAGAUGUAGAAGUAUUUGGGGCAACUGUUGAAGAAGCUGAUAUAAAAGAACUGUGUAAACAAGAGGUAGAAUAUGUCAUAUUUCCAGAAACUCUUGACAUGGAAGAGUCGAAGCUCACUUGUCGAAGAGUUGGCUACCAUGUUUACAGUCCUGUAAAUCAUGCAGAAAACAAUAUUUUAUACAAUAAAUCAAAGAAAUUUAUUAAAGAAUGUAAAUUAAAUUACCAUCUGUGGAUUGGCAUCACUGAUGAACAGUCUGAAGGAGAAUGGCACAAACUUACUGAUAACAUCAUUGUUAAUGAUCCUCCUUUUGAAUUAUCUGAGCCUAACGGUGGUGAUGGAGAGAACUGCGCAUUGAUGUUCCUUCCCAGUGGUUUAUGGGUUGAUACCUCAUGUAAAAUAAAGUGGGUAGCGUGUGUUCCCUGCGAAGUCAGUCGUACGACUCCUCUUCGGUUGAGAGGGGCUUUUGCUUUGCAAAUGAAGCGGAGACCUUCUAUGAAGUCCUUGGAUAUAAAGGAGGUAAGCCCCUGAUAUAUGGUUACUAUGGGUACAUGAUCUUUAAAACCUCUGAAAGGGAAUGGCAGAUGUUUGAUACAACAGUUAAUGAAACGGUUGCUAUUCUCCCAGCGCAUUCUGAGGACUUCUAUCCAAUAAGACGCAGACGCUGGAAGCUAGAAAGAUCCAUGUGCAAACACAACUCUGGUUCAUUUAUAUUAUUAAGCCUCACAGUCUGCGAUAACUCUCAGUUCAGCUGCUCCAAUGGUGAUUGUAUCCCAAAAGAAAAACGUUGCAAUGGCAAUGACAACUGCACUGACUUUUCUGAUGAACAUAACUGCACUUUGGUCAACCCUGCCUUCUGGAUACCGAGUCGAGCGUCAGCCUGACAACGAAACAAAUGGAGAAGCCCUCCAUCUCAGUGCUACUAUCCACAUUUUAAGAUUUGUCGAGAUUAGUAGCCUUCAGCAAACAAUCAACCUUGAAAUAACCAGUGAGAUCAUGUGGAGAGACUCCCGUUUGAGGUAUGUCAAUCUGGCAGAUAUAUCGGAUGCUAACAAGCUAUCUGGUGAAGAGAUAUCACGCAUCUGGACACCUGCUGUCAAAUUUCCAAAUACAUAUAAUGGAAAGACGGAAAUGUUGGAAGAAGAAAUUAAGGUGAAAGAAUUUGCCUCUCCACUGGAGCAAAAUUUCAAUGAUGUCCUGAUGAGUAAGUUGAUGAAAGAUUAUGUAUACAGCGGAGAGUCGGUCAGUUUGAUACAGAGAAACCGUCACAGGUUCAGUUGGAACUACGCGGACGAUGGACAGUCAUAUAGUCUUGAACGUCUAUCUUCCAACAUCAAUGUUGCAAAUAAUAGGAUAUUCCACACUAUUCAUAGAUUUCGCAACACUGGAUCUAGGCCAGGGGGUCCACGGAAAACCACCCCAGAUGAGGAUGACGCCAUUAUCAGGGCGGCUCGAGAGCAACCCUUAACCAACGCCAAGGCCAUUCAUGAAGACCUUGGAUUAGAAGUGUCAUCGAUGACAGUACAACGCAGACUCUAUGCUGCUGGGAUUCAUCACAGAGCUCCAGCGACGAAGGAGCUCUUGACGGAGCGACAUUAGGCAGGAAGGCUUGAUUUUGCCCAACGUCAUGCUAAUAAGGGUUUGGACUUUUGGGGCAGGGUCAUCUCUACUGACGAGAAGUGCUUCUCGUCCACAUCGCAUGGGAAGCUGCAUUGUUGGCGAACAAAUAGAACUCGAUGUGAACCCCGUGACAUCGUUGAGGUGGUUCGAUCCGGCCAUGUCACCUGCAACGUAAUGGGGCUGGGUGUGUGUGCAUGGUAUGGGUGAUGUGUUCCGCAUCGAGGGACGAUUUACAGCAGCUAAGUAUGUUGAGCUGCUGCAAACCUCCUUCUUGCCUUCGUUACGAGAAAGGAAUUUUCCCUUCCCACCAGGGCCCAUCCUGUUCAUGCACGACCAGAGUCCCAUUCACACUACUCGCGUUGUUCAAGAGUGGUUUGCCGGACAGGAUAACCUGCCUCUUCUUGAAUAGCCGAGCAAAGGAGCAGAUAUGAAUGUGAAUGAACACGUGUGGGCCCAGAUCGUGAACACAUGGAAAAUGGAACACGAGAGAACAACACAGCAACUCAUGGCUCACAUCAACUCUCAGUGGGAAAUUUGUAGACGGAGACCCCAGCAGGAUCGAUGCUUCAUAGGAUCAUCAUCUAUAGCCUCCAGUGACAGAUACUGGUACGGAUAAUGACAAGGAAAACGCAGCUCACUCAUUCCAGGGAAAACUACGUACUAUAUUACGAUCGUCCACUGAAAGCUUAAAUUACAAUGCGUUUAUAAGGGCUGUAAAAACUAGCUUAUAAGAAUAGUUAUGUAAACAUCUAAGUCAGAAAACAUUUAAAAAAGAUCCUGGCCAUAUUUUUGCACUGAUUCAGGGAUCAUUAUGUAUAUACAGAAUAAAUAGAAAGCUGUGUAAACCCAAAGAGACAGACUAAUCCCGGGAUAAGUGCUGCUUUUAAACCUCAUAUCAAAUACGAAAUACACAAAUUAUAAAAUUGAAUAAGACUAAACAAAAAUGUUAAUUUAAUUCUGGUUAGAAUAGAAAAUACUAAUCAAUGCGAAGAAACUGCAGUCCUGCUAACUUUUGGACACUGACCCAUAACAAAAUGCACCAGUAUCACAAACCUCAUUUCAUCUCAAGUUCUGACAGAAGAUUUUUUUAUUUUUUUUUUCUUGUCACUCAUGAUCAGUUAGGCAUCUUAUCAAGAAAUUAAAAGAUAGUGGGAUUACCGCAGAACAACUUAAUAUGACACUCGCUUACGGUAUGAGGAUAAAAUACCGUAAAGAACCUAAUGGCACGCCUAUUGAAUGAAUAUAAAAUAGUCACCAUAUUUACAUUUAAAAACGAUAAAGGAGUUUAAAACGACCCAGUUCACUGGAGAUAGUUACGUAAUAGUAGCACUAUUGGACAUGUACGAGUAACUUAUCAUCAUUACAUGAUGAUUACGGCCAGACGUUGGCUCUGCAGUUCUGGGUAUUAGUGGAUGAGCUCUUAGGAAAUUUCAAUACUCAGUGGGUGCUUGCUCAAGGAAUGGGAGGACGCCGGCCAGGGUGACAGUAAGGAGGCAACUCCCUAGGGUGUCUUCAGCCAUGAUAGAUUGUGAGUUUCAGGUUAAUGAGACGCUAACUAUAAUGAUAGGGAAUCUCGCCAAUUUUACUCAAUUUUAAAAAAUCAUGGGCAUAAUGUCUACGCUAAGAAACUUUAAAUAUAAGAAUUAUCCAGCUGCAGAAAUAGCUAACGAAAAAGUCCCAACUAUCACUGCUUUAGCGAAUUCUGAUGACGAAAGAAGUCCCUCUGUAUUGCCCAUUUAUAUGGGACAUUGUGUCCCACUCCUAACUGCAGGUUUUAUGUCCACUCCCGUGGGUCUUGGUUCCUUCACAAAGUCAUGUCCCGGUUCAUUAUCCAGCCUAACUGACUUUUCUUUGGUCAGUAGAAAUAUUGCAAACUUAUGGACCGAAGGUCUCAUUUCCAUUUAUACAUUUUUAUAUCACUUUUUGACGACUGAACUGCAAUUUAUUUUUCAUUGAAGGCCGGUAGGUUUAAAUACUCAUUUCACUUUCCAAAAUUAAUUAAAAUUUGGUAAUUAAAAUUCUGAACACCGGAUUUAUGUUACGCACUUAACAAAUUACCAGUAAAAUUCCCGGAAUGCAAAUCACGAAGAUAAUUAUUCUAGAUAUAAAUAUCCUACCUUCUUCCGGUCUUAUAUGGUGCCGACGCGCUGAAGCCUUGAACAGAGACUGUCAAAAUUCCUGGGACUGCUGCAGUGAUGCCCGUUAUUUCCUCACAACAUUGGCUUUUAGCAGUGUUACCAUAUGCAGUUCAUCUGAUUUUUUUACUUUAUUUAUAAUUUAAUGGUUAGAGUGCGUAUUUUCCGAUGUAGAAUUAUUUUCCGUGAUGUUAGAAAACUACACGUCACCAGUUUAAUGUAAAUUAUUUUUGACAAAGAAACAAAGGAUUUCAAUAAAAAUUCAUUUGUAUAAAUAAGCAGGAUAUGCUUUAUAGCUAAAACAUAAAAAGGCAGAGUGAAGAAUUUUUUUCUUCAGUGCCCUGGCCUGUGGUCGAAAAAGCCACGGAGAGUUGCCAGAUGUCACCUGGAAGCCACACUAAUAGACGAAAUUCUUCAAAACGGCAACCUGCCUGGGAGGAUGGAUGGGAGUUCUAUUUCAAAACCACCCCUUCCCCCCAACAACUAUCCCAAACAAUUAUCACACUCUUCAUUUUCUUAAGUUUGUGCUGUUUUCCAUAAAACCUUUCAAUUCUGAAAUUGCUUUUAUAUGUUUGUAUACAGUUUUUUUCUUAAAACCGAAAUCAACGAAAAUAUCCGGAUCUAGAGGACUUUCGAAAAUUUAGUGCAGUGACUGCAGUCUCUAAUGGGUCAUCGUCAAUGGUCCAUGGGGCAGGGGGAAGUGGGGCUAUGGGAAGGAGGCAGGAGUAUGCAAAUGAUGGCCUUUCAUUAACAAGCUUCGAGUAUAUUUACAUAUUAAAAAUUGACGAAUGAAGGACAUUUUUUGACUGAAUUACCAAACUUAUCAGGUUAAUCUAUAAUGCAAUCUCACAUUUAUUACACAUUCAUUUGUUAUCUCUCUCUUUCAUUCCAGUAAUGCUGUAUAACGGAAUAGGGACUUUAAAUAUUGUACCUCCUCCCCUUCUGUGUAUAACCAUCUUGAGAGAGUGAGUUACGAGGAGGAAUGUGAAGGGUGGGGGGGCGGUUGAGGGAAAGGAUGAGGAAAAGCUGUAGGAAAAGAGAGCAAUUUAGAAGGUCGUUUCAGGAAACUCUUAAUAGGCGCGGAAUAAACCACAGAUUACCGAUUCUCAGCCAACACCUCAUUCCCCCUGCUGUAUUCACUCGUGAACGCCCCACUAAUGGAAAAUAUUUCCAAUAAGAAAACAUGUUAUAUUACAGGCAUUAUCGAUUAGUUAAGUAUCCAGUUUGAAAAGUUCAAUAUAUAUCAACCACUGUUAAAUCACCGAAAUACGAACAAGAAACCAGUCGAAACACUGUGGGAAAUUCCAUAGGUUCACUGAAAUGCAAUUGGCCACGAGAGAAUUUUAAAGUUGUUUGAAGACUGCUAGUCAUUUCUGAUAGUGCCAAAAUUAACCAAAUGUAAUAUUGAUCUUACGUCCUUCACUCUUUGACAGUUCCAUCGUUUAUGUUGCUUCAUAUUUUACUCAUAGGAGCAAAUUCUUCCCUCUUGAGCAAUUGGCCCGUGAAUUAACAAAAUGGCCUUAACCUAAUUAACAUGUUCCCAACACCUGCAGCUGCAAACAUUCUCAGAACUUCCCUAAAGUCCCAUCCAUUCUCUCUCUUUCCAAUUCUUCAUUUCUCAGAUAUCCUUUUCAAUAAUAGCACUAAUUCUUUCAGCAGUGCAUCGUUUCACUCAUGUUCACAUGAUCACAUUCCAUAUCUUGUUUUAUGUUUUUGCCACCUGUUUCCAAUAUUAAAGAAGCAAGCUAGUAGACUAAUAGAGCUUCUCUUCUUUAUUGCUUUAAUAUCCAGUUUCUUAGGUGCACUCUCUUUUAUUAAUACAGCACACCCAACUCAUUAUUUGCUGACGUCUUCCAUUUUAUUACUGAAAUCUAUUCAAACUCCACUCUCAUAAAAUUAAACAUUUCCCACAACAUAUAUCCAAAUUCUUGGCCUACAUGGCUAUAUUUUUAGGCCAUUAUUGCAAACUUAAUAAUUUCCUCUUGAAUCCCUGCAUGCAUUGUACUUUCCUUAGCUUGUGAUAAGUUUAAAAAGUCUACCACCUGCUGUCCUUAUAGAAUAGAAGAAUAGAAUAUAGGAUUUAGUCCCAAGGCCAAGUACUGCAACCUAUAAGGUCAUUCAGCACAAAGGCAAAUCAAUAGUGAGGUUUGAAAGAUGUAUGUAUCAGGAGGAAUACCUCGCGGUUGCACAAUGAAUCUAACUGUUAUCAGUGGGUGGAUGGUCAGAUGAAAGAGAAUAUGAAAAGAGGGAUGCUGCAUGACCCUUAAGUAAUGUUCACAGCCUUGUCAGGUGCACUGAUGGCACUAGCCCCUUCCAAAAGCUUGAAUUGUCAAUUUAUGUUUUACUACAUUUGGGUGCUUUCCAGGUUCUCAUACUGUUGCUACCUAACGAAUGUAUUGUUCUCUUUAUUUGGCCUUGUUAGUUUUGUAUCUUUAUUGAAGAAUGAUUUUGGUUGCUCUUCAAUGAAAUUGACUGACCUCUCUGCUACAAUUUCUGUAGAAAUUUAAAUCUAAUGAAUUAACAUUUGAUUUGAAGGUAACCAACAAUGAACACACUAAACUAUUUGUUUUGUUUUUUAUUGCAAAAAGUCUGCAAAAGUGAAAGAUGAAAAACUUAGUAGUGUACGCUCUAAAGGUACGUACAUUACAAUAAAAUUCACUACUGAUAUUAUAGUCCCCAACCUAUGACAGAGGUAAGAAAACAAUUGGACUAGGUUCCUAAACAAAAGACGUGAAUAAUUAUGAACAUUAAGAUUUAGAGCCCUGAAAAACAAUAUUUGAUCCUCCAUUCUUGCAUGACUGAAAAAAAUAUUUGAUCCUCCAUUCUUGCAUGACGUUCAACACAUAUUUACCUAAUCAAUGUUUUAUAUAUGUGCAGAAUUCAUCACUUAAGUACAUAUUGCACACUUCAAAACAUUUUUAUAGCACCUUGCCAUAUGUACCUACUUUUGGUAAUACUAUGUAUAUAGACAAAUACCUGCACUAAUACUUUAAAGAAUGAAUGAACUAAAUGUCACAUGUUGGGGACAGUCUAUAAAUGAAUUUAUGAGAGAAAUCAGUCAUUAAUGACUGAUGAGGACGCAUCUUUGGAACAAAAUUGUCAUAAUUACAGAUAUGAAAAUCAUUAGUAAUCACACAAUCCUGAAUACUGCACAAAAAUUUUUCUGUUAGUUAUUCAAUAUUAAUCCUAAAUACUAUAUUUGGCAUAAAUGAAACAAAAUAUAAAUUUUCCCCAAUACCCACAAAUAAAUUAACGAGUAAUUAUUUCAGGAAAAUAGAUAGAUAUUCAACUAAAAAUAAAAUACUGAUUCAACACAAUUCCCCAAUGUUAACCAGAAACAUUUGUUCUAGAAAUGAGUAACCAAAGCACAAAGGAUGAAGAUAACGAAUUUGUUACUGUUUUACUUUGACGAAUUUUCAUUCCUUUAAAAGUCUAUAAGAGAAGCAAACAGAAAACAACAUAACUAUUAAGCCUGUUAAAAGCAUAUUCCAAUGUUUACUGUGACUUUCAACUUAUACUUUUUUUUUCUAUUAAGGAUGUACGUUAUUAUGAUGUUCUUUACUAUUCAGACAAAAUGCAUCAUGCAUACAAAUCUCUUGAAUGGAAUGACAGGUGUAAUGUUUGUUUUAAGCUAAAAAUUACAUGGAAUUACUAUCUACUGUGGGUUAUCUUAACUAUUUAUGUAUGUUCUUUAAAUAAAGUUGUUAAUAAUAGAAGGUUAGACUACAAAAUUGUCUUAUAAGUUGAAAAGGUACUAAACAAAGGAAAAAAAAAGCUUUAUAGAAAAUCUUUUAACUAUAUUACUUUUCAGAUCAUAAGCCCUGAAUAUAAAUGCAACUUUAAAGCUGGAUUCUUAAUCCAAUAAAUAAAAAGUACCUGGAGAGAAAAUAUGGACUUAUUCUUUUACCAUUUAGAUCACUUUAUAAUGCUCCCAAAAUCCUAACUCAAGCCCUACUGUUACUUUUGAUGUUCGAAAAGAUAACAUUAAGCAAUUUCCAAUGUGCUAUCUUGACCCUGUGUUUCCAUUUUCUAU